UGUCUGUGCUGAUGGCUUUAGUGGAGAUGCUUGCACAACAACUGAUUGUGGCACCAUUGUUUGCCAGAAUGGUGGAGCAUGCAUAAGCUCUGGACAAUGUGAAUGUGUUACUGGUUUUACCGGUACUAUGUGCGAGACUAAUAUCAACGAUUGUCUUCCCAAUCCUUGUAUGAAUGGAGGAAGUUGUACUGAUGGGAUUGACUCGUUCACUUGUUCCUGUGUUGCUAGCUAUACCGGGAGUAUGUGUCAAACAGAUGUUAAUGAGUGUGAGCUUGAUACAAGUGUCUGUAGUAAUGGAAGAUGUGUCAACUUGGAUGGAUCAUACACGUGUGUCUGCAAUGCUGGAUUCAUGUUAGUCAAUGCAAAUUCUUGCAAUGCUCUCCCAAGCAGUCUGUCCACUAGUCAAGUGACUGUGAAGAUCACAGGACAAAGUCUGAAUGGUCAAAUCCUGACGUAUACAUCAGAAUUAACAAAUAGGACAUCGACCAAAUUCAUGGAAUAUGAAGUUGCAUUCUGUUACAUUUUCAGCCAAUACGUAAGGGAACAGUUAGGUUCUCAACUUGUUGAUGCUAAUUGCAUAGUGCUGUCAUUCAGCCAAGGUAGCGUAGUCAGUGACGUGCAAGUGGAACUUGCUGCUGAGAGCCAAAGUGUAGCAGAUGGGCUUGCUGUGAGUUUAUCUGCCUUAUCUACCAACAUUGAUCAAAACUUAUCAGCUAAUGGUCAAACUCUGGUAGCGUCUAUAUCGGCAGAAGUUCAGUGCGAUCAAACGAACUGCCAGAACGGUGGGACAUGUACUUCUGCUGGACAGCCUUGUAAUUGCCCAGCUGGUUUUACAGGAGACCUUUGCCAGAAUGCUCCUCAAGGAUUGUCGAAUGGAGCCAUCAUUGGUAUUGCUCUCGGAGUUUUUGGUUUUGUUCUCGUCCUCAUAACCUGUGUCUGCUGCGUUUUCGUACAAGGUGUCAGACGAAAUCAAGCAACAAAACUGAUGCUCGCUGAAGCACGGUAUGUCGAUUCGAGCAGACAAAAUAGAGGCUUCUACGGAAACGAAUCUUUCAAUGGUUCUGAGGAGUACGAUUCCCUUGAAGGACGCCGGUAUGCAGUUGGUCAAGCUUUGGAUCGACUGCGCGGAACUGAUGCACAUCAUCAUGAAGAUCGCAAUUUCAGGACUCCCUAUGUGGUAGAUGGGAGUGAAACGUACAACGGUGUGGAGCGAAAUCCAAUGCAUUAUUGAUCACCAAGAAACUUACCUUCGGACAAAGAACGAAUAUGACAACAGAAAAGAAUUUAGUGAAUUAGUUACGUCUUAUGGAUAGAUGGGUUCUCUUCUGGAUAGGCUAAAUAUCAAAGUGUAUACAAUCAUAUUAUUAGAUUAAGUAAGGGCUUACUUGCAUUUGAUAGAUUGACUGAUUUAAUUGAUGAAAUCAUUCCAAGUCUCUGUUACAAACAACCAUACUAUUUUAUCAAUUAACGGCUUACUUGCAUUUGACCGAUUGGCUGAUUGAACUGAUGUAAUCAUGUUAAACUCACAUCAUUUUAAAAAGACUGCUUUUCAGCAAGUCUGUGUUACAAACAUAAAAUUGAUGUUAUACAGAUCAAAUUGGAUAUAAGUACAUGAAUGAUUUCAAUGUAAUUUACUGUAUCUGUGAAUAUAUAAGGGUUUCAUUGUUAAUCUAGAAAUGGUUUGAUAUCAUAUCUUUAUUGAUCAAGUAAUUUAUAUUCAUGUUACAACAAAUUACAAAAAUGUGGUAAAAAAUGAUUUCACCCAAACUGUUAUCUAAAGAGCCAAUUCCUAUCACAUGCUUUUAACGUGUACCAAUUGUAAGUCUUUAAAUAGUACGAAUUUUCUAUAGUUUUAUUUCAAUUGCUUAUGGUAGCGGGAGUAUAACACCUCCUCUCUCUCUUUCUCUCUCUCUCUUUCUCUCUCUCUCUUUCUCUCUCUCUCUUUCUCGCUCUCUCUCUCUCUCUCUCUCUAUAUAUAUAUAUAUAUUAGAAGAAUACACUACUUAGCAUUCUGAUUUUGUAUGAAUAGAUUUAAAUGCAUAUGAUGUAGAAAGGAGGGCUAUCAAGUAAACAGAAUAUUAUGAUCACAUGGGAUCAAUCCAUGGCGCUGAAACAGUACAAACAGUAAUUUUGAAUCUUUCCUUUAUGAAUAUAAAUAACAUUAUUAACCUCUUGUACUUUUACCUGUGACAUUUUUGCCAGGCAACAAAGUAACCCCCUUGAUAGGCUAAAUAUCAAAGGGUAUACAAUCAUACUAUUAUAUUAAUUAAGGGCUUACGGUAUUUGCAUUUAACCGAUUGACUGAAUAAAUUGAUGUAAUCAUGCUAAGUCUCUGUUACAAAUGAUCAUACUAUUAUACUAAUUAAGGUUUACUCAAAUCAGUCUAAAAAUACUGCUUGUCAGCAAGUCUUUGUUAAAAACAUAAAACUAAUGAUAUAGAAAUAUUUGAAGAUAAAUAUAAAAAAGAAUUGAAUACGAUUGUCUGUAUCUGUGAGUGUACAAGGGCUGCAUUGUUAAUCAGGAUGGGUUCGAUAUCAUAUAUGUAUUGAUCAAGUAAUUUAUAUUUAUCUCACAAAACAUCAUGAAUGUGGUAACAUAUGCUUUCUCCUUAACUGUUAUCUAAAUAGCUGAUUCCUAUCUCAUGCUCUUAAUGCGGAUCAAUUUUAAGACUUUAAAUAGUACAAAUUAUCUAUAUAUUUAUUUCAAAUGCUUAUGUUAGCGGGGAGUAUACCAUCCCUCUCUUUGUCUCUCUCUUUAUAUAUCUAUUAGAUGAAUACUCUUUUUAAUUGAUAUGGUUUUGUAUAAAUAGAUUUAUUUGCAAAUUGUGUAGAAAAGGGCUAUCAAGUACCCAGAAUAAUGUGAUCAUAUAGGGUAAAAACAUAGCACUAAAACAAUACAAACAGUAACUUUAAAUAUUUCCUUUAUGAAUAAAAAACAAUAUUUUUUACCUCGUGCACUUGUACUUGUGACAUUUUUGUCACAUACCAAAGUUAACCCCCCCCCCCCCCCACCACCAGGAAUAUUUUGUAUCCCACUUACUUCCCUUUCAAUUAAAGGAUUGUGUAACAAGGACUUGUUUGUUUAGUUAAUUAAUUAAAAGGUUAUGCAGAUUAAAUAAAGAUUAAGGGAAGUGUAACCAAAACUUUCACGUAGGUCCUUUCUCUUGUUUAGGAACGUGUCGCUUUAAUAAUGAUGUAGAAAUGAAUUGGGUUGAAAAAGAAUAAAAAUACAUGAAUGUAUGUAUGAUGCAUUGAAACAAAGCAGGCUUACAAUGGAUGUGUCAUGUAGCACAAUACAAGUAAAUUUAUUAACGCACACAUACUUUCUUUUGUCUCAUUGCCAUUUUAAAAUAUGUUUCUAAAUAUGUAAUAUAUAUCUUGUGUUUAAUUUCUAUAUUCAUGUUCCUCCUAAGCCAUUCAUUAUACAGUACUAGGGUAUUACCCCUUAUAAGUCUUUCAUGUUUCAAGGAUGUAUGUUUUUUAAUUUUUUAUAUAUAUUUCUGUUCGUAUGAUAUAUUUUUGUAUUGAUAUAUAUUUUUCAUUAGAGAUCACGAGUAAUUUAAAUAAAUGUUCCAAUAGGGAAGACUGCUGAAUA